AUGCUUUUGGAAGCAUGCGUUGACUGUCGACGACGUUUCCAAGGCUGGUACGUGGACAAUGAAAUCCGAAGAGCCUAUUCUCGGAGACGCAAGCAAACCUGGCACCCUGAAACUUGCCGGGCCAGAACGGCUUCCCUACUUUUGAUAGCUGUGAGUUGCGCGAGUAGAUCCAAGCUCUUGGCCCAGAUUCUCGAAUGCAAGUGCGUGGGACUCAGGGCUAGGCAGUUCAGUUCCCCAAGAAGAUACUCGAUUCAGAUUCAUUCUCGAGAUACGUUGCGCAGAUCGUUUCCCGGUUCAGGAUUUGGAUUUCGUUUUCGAUUCUGGAUGUGAUUUCCCGACCCUUAUUGCGUUUAGAUUUGGAUCUCGUUCCGGUUCAGAUUAUCUUCUUGCUCAGAUUACGGCUCUAAUAAUGAUGAUAGUUCUUCUAUGGCGCGCUUAAAGUCGCGUUUU